AUGCUCUUGCUGGAGGCAUUGCUCGAACGGAUCUGGCUGGCACUGGAGCAGCAUCAAGCACGGCUGAACAAACGGCGCCAGCAGCGGAAAUAUCAAGAGCGGCCUGCCUGGAAAAAGAAUUGGGCGACCGACAAAGCGCGAGAGAAUCAGUGGCGAGUAGAUGCUAUCUGGGGAGCGAAAGAACUCCGAUACGCAUACCUUGAUUCCAAGGAGGAAAUUGGAACGCCUUGCGGAGAUUUCUGGACCGAGGACGUGGGCGACUUUGAUCACGUUAUUGACAUCAACCGCAUGUUGGCCAACGAAGACGAGGUUCAACUGCAAUUUGAUCAGGAGGACAACGAGACCGAA